GAAAUCAGUGAGUCAAUUAAGAAAUUGUGUACUUUCAAGCAAAAAAGAUUUUGCGACAAUUUUAAUGGGUCAGCUUCAUGUUUUCUUCUUCCCCAUGAUGGCUUAUGGCCACAUGAUUCCUAUACUCGACAUGGCUAAGCUCUUCGCUUCACGUGGCGUGAAGGCAACCAUAAUCACCACCCCUGCAAACCAACCCGUUUUCUCCAAAGCCGUAGAUAAGUAUACGCAGUUGGAGAUUCGUUUGCUGGAAUUCCCCGGCGUCGAGGUUGGCUUGCCGGAAAGUUGCCAGCGUCAUGAUCAAAUCCCCGCCGCCGACAACGGCCUCCUCAGAUUCUUCAAGGCCUGCGCUAUGCUCCAACCAUCUCUCGAAGACUUGUUACAAGAGCUCCGUCCAAAUUGCCUCGUCGCCGAUAUGCUUUUCCCGUGGGCUACAAACGUUGCCGCCAAGUUCGAUAUCCCAAGACUCAUAUUUCACGGGACCAGCUACUUGGCCUUGUGUGCUGUGAAUAGCCUUAGAAUUCACAAGCCUUUCAACAAUGUUACAUCUGAUUUGGAACUUUUUAAUAUUCCCAAUCUUCCUCAUGAGCUCAAACUCACCAAAUUGCAAGUUUCCCCGUUCGAACGCGGCGAAGUUGAGAAUCCCAAGUUGGAAUUCAUGAGAGGCCUUAGGGAAUCGGAGGAGACGAGCUAUGGGGCAAUCUUCAACAGCUUCUAUGAGCUGGAACCGGAUUAUGCAGAGCAUUACAAGAAUGUUCUGGGGAUAAGAGCGUGGUCAGUUGGGCCACUUUCCCUUUACAACAGAGACUUAGAAGAUAAAGCUCAAAGAGGGAAGAAAUCGGCAAUCGACGAGAAUGAAUGCUUGGAAUGGCUGGAUUCCAAGAACCCCCAUUCCGUGGUUUAUAUGUGUUUCGGAAGCUUCGCAAAUUUCGCUCCGUCUCAGCUCCACGAAAUGGCAAUGGGGAUCGAGGCUUCAGGGAUGGAUUUCGUGUGGGUGAUAAGAAACAAGAGAGAAGAAGACAACGGAUCAGAGAAAUGGAUGCCCAAAGGAUUUGAGGAGAGAACUAAAAGGAAAGGAUUGAUCAUAAGAGGGUGGGCUCCUCAAGUGCUGAUUCUUGACCACGAAGCCGCGGGAGCAUUCGUGACCCAUUGCGGGUGGAACUCGAUAUUGGAAGCUGUGUGUGCGGGUGUGCCUAUGGUGACAUGGCCAUUAUUCGCGGAGCAGUUCGUGAAUGAAAAACUUAUGACUGACAUUUUGCAGACUGGAAUUGGAGUUGGGUCGAAAGAGUGGAAGAUAUUAGACAACGAUGGUGUGAAGAAAGAAGCCAUUGCAGAGGCAAUCAAGAAGGUGAUGAUUAGUGAAGAAUCUGAGGAGAUGAGGAGCAGAGCAAAGACAAUGAAAGACAAGGCAAAGAAGGCAAUUGAGGAAGGAGGAUCAUCUUACUUAGAUUUCAACUCUUUGUUGGAUGAACUCAGAGCUUACCGUGCAAAACACUAACCUUAAAACAACCACUGUGGUAUUUAGUUUUAAGUUAAAAAUUUUACAUUAGUUGUCUAUCUGUGUGAUUUAUCCUGAGUUUUCUCGUAAAUAUUAAGGCAAAAUAUUUACUUUCAUGCACAUAUUAUUUUUUCAAUUUGUGAUGAGAUGACUUAGGUAACAUAACAAAAACAAAUGCAAAAGUCAUGUUCAUUGGACCACAUACCCACCAACUCUGUCUCCAAUUGUUACACUAUGCUUAUUCAAAAAUAAUGUAUUUCAAUUAAUACAUUUUGUAUCUAUAUAAACAACUA